UUUUAUCAGGUGUAUACAUUUGCUCAAAAAGAAUUAGCCGAUUUUCCUCCCGAAGAAAAUUCUCACGAUAGUACGCCACCUAGAAAAAAGAAAAAAAAACAUCGUCUCUGGUCGAUGCACUGUCGUAAAAUUCAGCUUAAAAAGGACACGUCGUCCAAUCACGUGUAUAAUUAUACCCCUUGUGAUCAUCCGGGACAGCCGUGUGACCAAACGUGUCCUUGCGUAAUGGCACAGAAUUUUUGUGAGAAGUUUUGUCAUUGUAGUUCAGAUUGCCAACAGAGAUUUCCAGGUUGUCGUUGUAAAGCGCAAUGUAAUACAAAACAGUGUCCUUGUUAUUUAGCUGUAAGAGAAUGUGACCCAGAUUUAUGUCAGACAUGUGGUUCAGGUAAAGUAUUUUUUUUUUUAAAUAAAUAUAAUAUAAUAGCAAAUAAAUGUGCUAAAUCUAGAAAAAUACAUACUUUUUACUCAUUAUACAUUUAGUAUUGAUUAUUUAUAACCAAACACAUAAAAAUAUGUGUAAGUGUGUGUAUAUAUUUAUUUAUUUCUUUUUUCCUACUAAUGAAUGUACUGUGUAUUCAGCAUAAUGUGUUUCUUAUUUAUGGCAUAAUUUUAGAUGGUCUUGGAGUUUAUGGACCAUAAAAUAAAAUAAUGAUGCUGCUUAUAACAUUUUGUGUUAUGUUACCGAUAGAUCACAGAUUGCAAAACACUGAAUUACACAUUUAUAUUGAAAUUUGUUUAAAUUGAAUUGUUAGAUGUAAAAAUUUAUUUUCAAUUAGAAUACAUGUUUAUAUAAAAGAGCAUGAAAUGUCAUCUUAAGACUAUGAAAGUUUUACUAACAUUAGUGCCCAUUAAAAGUUAUUUCAAAACAUUUUAAAUAACGAGUUUUAGGGUUUCGCCAUUUACAGUUCGGUUAGCUAUUUAUCAUUCAUAAGCACAUUCAUUUUUCGCCAAGUGUUUCACAUUUAAAUGAACCAAGUAACAUGCUAUUAAAUGUGCUUCAUUGUUGUUUCAAAUUAAGUAUAUUUAAAAGGUUAAUACAUUUUUAUAAACAUUAAACAUUUUUAUACUUUAUUUUUUUACAAUGAAUAAUAGAUACUGCUCAUUUGAGAGACUUUUUUAAAGUAUUCAUUAAGGUAAAUUUAUCAGUUUUUUUCACUGAUUCAAUGCUAAUAAAUAUUGUACAUAUAUGCAUAGGCUUAACAACAACAACAACAGAUGUUUUGAUCACAAACAUCUCAUUGUGUGCAGCAAUGGUUGUAGUUAGUUUCAGAUUUUUUGGUUUCAAAAUGAAACCAAAAUGCAAGGGGGACUUUACCAUGAAUUAACAAUAUAGUAAUCUAAGGAAUACAGCAAAAAUUCCUGUUGAUUGGUGUUAAAUUAGAUGAUAAGAUGUGCUCUUGUGUUUUUUAUUUUAUUGAUACAUAAAAACAAUGUCAGCAUGGUAUGUUUUUAAGUGUUGUUUAAUUAUUGAAGAAAAUUAAAACUUUUAAUCCUAUUUUAUUUUGCUUAAACAAUUUCUACAUUAAUUUGGUUAUGUUGGCUUAAUUAAGCUGAUAGCAAUUACAUCACUGACAGUUAAUAGCAGUUACUGUAUAUUUCUAAUGUGUACUUGUUUUUAGUUUUCAUAUGGUAAUAGUUUUAAAAUAAAAGAAGAUAUUAUCGUUUUGCUUAUUGUUAAUAAUUAUAUAAUGUAAGGACUCUUGUAAAUGAAUUUUAUGAUAUUGUGUGCAAGUAUAUUGGAGUUCUUUGGUACUUUAAUCAUCAUGAUGGUUUUUGUGACGUCAUAUUGUCUGCGUCAUUAUGUCAUUAUCAAUUUAAUUCAGACAGAGUAUUCUUUGCUCUAUUUGUGCAUAUUCAUCAUUUUAACUAAUAUACUGUUGUUUUAGGUAUAUAACUAAUAAUUGUUUAUCAUGAUUUCAAUUAUGGUAAUUAUUAUUUGACUUUUUAAAAAUUAUUCUAUUCUUUAAGAUUUUUUCAACAUCUUUUUAGCAUAUUGAACCAGAGGGACUAUUUUAGUAGAUGUUACAGCAGUUAGAUAUUUGGGAUGGUUUGUUUUAGUUCUAUGAAACAAUAUUGGGUCCAGAGUAUAGCAAUCUCUGAGAUUUUUAUUGAUAACGGGAGCUUCAUCACUUCCUUAAAAUAAAUCUUAACAUUCUAAUAUUUAUAUAAAUACUUUUCAAUUUUGUUAUAUUUUUGUAGUGUAGUUUACUUUAAACUAGGACAUUGUGCGACUUUGUUGUAUCAUGGUAGAAUUGAGGAGGAGCCAAAAAGAAGGAAGCAAUCUUUACACUUCUUAUGCAUUGUAGAGAAAUACAUGAAAAAUCAAUUUUUCUGUCUGUUCUGACUUAUGGAGGGCAGUUAACUUUAAAACUCUUAACUUUUAUUUAAUUAUUUACAUAAUGUUUUAAAGUAAAAAAGGUUAAAGGCAAACCCAAAUGCAGAGAAAACACUUUAUUAUGUUGAUAAAUUCCCUAAAUGCAUUUUGCCAACUUUUCAUCUUUAUUCUUUAUGUAAAUAACAAUUAUGUAAGAAUUUGAUAAAUAAUCUGACUCCAUUGUUUUAAAUAAUUAAUUUGGAUCCUUACAUUUGUUAGGCACUAAGUGCUCCUUGUACUUGAUGGACAGGUAAAUUUUGCCCCCGAUACCAAAUGCUAAGGAUUGCACUUUCCACCAAAAAGAGGCUAACUUAAAUAUGGAUAUGCUAAACUUUUUGCCUUCAUUAAACUUUGUAAUUUUAAAAUUUGUAACAGUCACAUUUUAUUAAUAUAAUGCAUAUUAUAUUUCAUAUAUGUGUUUGACAGUUUUCUAUGAAUUUAUUACUUCUCCCAUGUAACAAUUUUGGAAUUUUGGCACCCUGGUCACAUAUCUCUUUUGCCUGUCUUUUCACAACCCUGCUUGUACCUAUCAGCCACGGGAGAGGACAAUCCUUGAACUUGCUGACACACAGAGGCAAUCCAAGAACAAAGCAAUUACCAUUGAUUGCUUUGUUCUUGUGUUCUGUUCAUUUUUUGCACUUAUUUUCCAUUAGGUGCAUGCAAUGCUGUUUUUUAUUUUUCUCCCUAAAUUCUUUUAAGCAUUCUCAGUUGUGUCAGGGAGCAUGGACAAUGUCACUUUGACUUCACUAUAUAUUGAAAAUGACGUAAUUGACCCUUAUUUUUUACAUUUAAAUGGACCCUCAUUGCAUGAAAUGGCUUUACUUUGUUUACCUAGUCGUCAUAAAGUACCAGUAAUAAUUUAAUUACUUUGAUUUUAUGAGUAUGACCUAAGCUUUCAGUUGCCUGUUUGAGGUUAAGUUAAUAAUUUCAUUUACAAUUUCUGUGUAUAUUACAUUGUGUAUUAGAAACAAAAAUGUGUGUGUGUAAGUAAGUGGGAGCUGCAGUAAGGGUCUAGAAGAGCCAAGUGCAGCUCUCAAGCCACAGUUUGGCAACCCGUUAUAGAAUAAGAAGGUAUAUAUGUACAUACAAGCCACAUAUACAAAUAUAUUUACAUCAUUUAUAUUCUAUUUUACAAAAUGGGUUACAUAUUUUGUCAUCUUGUCUCAAACAUUUCACAGGUAUAGAACCAAUAAGUGACUAAUUGUGAAACUGUACUUUUUUGAAAAUUGGAUCAUCCAAAAAUAGUGAGCUUUCAGUAGAACCAUCAAAAAUUUUCUAUUUUAGGUAACCAUUUGGAAUUUUGUGUGUGUUUAUUGUACCAAAUAGAACAAGUUGAAUAUAAUAAGAAUACUCUGUUAUUGAAAAACUGCAAAAUCUGGAGUUAGCUGUUUAUAGUUCUAUAUCCAUGAUCUUAACUUUCUUUCAAGAUUAGUAUAGUGGACUUUGACCAUUAAAUUCUUUGCUUAGUUCAUGAUAAUUUUUACCAUUUUCUAGAAAUUAAAACUUUCUUUUUCUGUUCAAUGUUUCAUUGCAUGAUUUCUUAUUUGAGAUAAAAAAAAAAGUUCAACAGUAACUUUCUUACAAAAAAUUCACUAAAUAAAGCCUACUCUAAUGCUCACUCACCACUACUGCAGGAGAAUGUAUCUAAAUUGUUUUUAU